AUGACCGCCGAUCUCGACUAUAGGCGUUCGAUUAGCCGGAAGUUCUAUCGACCGCCAGUCAAACUAGCUUGUCUUUCUCGUCGUACGUUGCGCAUACGCUGUGAUGGCCAGACAGUCUGCACCAACUGCGUCGCUAAAAGGAGAUCCUGCUCUUAUGUUCCCAGUCGGCGAGGUCCACUUUGUUGUUCCACUAGAAAGCGCAAACCCAUUGUGGCCAGUUGCACGCCAAUAACAUCUGUUGUGGACCUGGGAAGUCAUCCAGCGGAGACUUCUAACAAGACGGGGAUGUCGCCCAAUUCUGGCGAUGAAUGGGUCUAUCAGCUGGGAGGCUUAUGCGGCCCAGGGGCGGGACUUCGCAGCGUCGAAAUGCCCUUUGCGGAUAUCGAUUCUAUAUUUGACUCCAUCUUCGGACCAAAUUUAGACGAAACCAACUCUAAUGCCAAUUCUACAUUUGUGUCCAACCCUGUACGAUUGUACGGCAGUAACGAGGAUAUACUCGAUGCGUAUUACGUCUUCAUCCAUCCUUCUUUCCCCAUUUUGCCCCCACCAGAGCACCAGCCGGUAUCCAGCCGUCCAUUGGCUAGGGGCCCACCGACCUUUGAACCGACGAGCCCUCUUAGUCUGGCGAUUUCCGCCAUCCUCUCUCUAAUCCCCCAUCCAAAUGAGAGGAAACCUAGGAGGGCAGAGUACGUGAAGAGACGAAGAGAAUAUGCAAACUGUUUCGCUCAAACUGCGCUUGGCGUCAUUGAAAAAGACUACGAGCUUCUUAGCAGGAAACAAAGUUCCCAAGCAGAUUCGGCUGAUGGUGCCAAAGCCUUUGACCGACGACCGUUCCAUCCACAAGUGGAGGUAUUCCUCGAAGGAGUUGUGGCAUUGACAUUACUCAGUACCUAUGAGUAUGGACAGACAGGACACAUCGACAACAUGCUCCAACGGGCCAACCAAGCUCUUGCCUUAGCUAUGAGUAUGGCUUUGCAUGAAGCGGUGGAGGAAGAAAAGUUCGCAGACGCCAAACGGAGGAUUUGGUGGAUGACGUAUAUGACUGCAUGCCAAGCAUCAGCUGUUAGUGGGACGCCUCCAGCCUUCGAUCUUUACGAUCCAUGGUUCGUGACUUCGUACCCGGAGGGAUGGAAACUCCUCAUUGAAGCACAGCAAGCCCUUGUCGAAUCCGCCUUAUUUGCUAGCGAUCUUGAUCGAACAAUAAACACGACCAGCGACGCAUCAUGGGUUUCGAAACGCAUGGCAGAGCUUGACAGGCAGGUAUCAUCUCUUCUAUUUCGCUGUCGAGAUGCCCCUUUAGUCUCUCAGAUGGCCCCACAACCUGACUCCGUCGAAUCUAUGGCCGCAAAGAUGAUGAAAGACUUUGCAGAAAUCAAAUUACACACUGCACGGAUUAAAUUGCACCAACUGUGUGCAUUUCAAGAUAUCAUGUCUGGCCCCAUUCAACAGUCCGACUCUUCCAUCCCUACAAGGGAUAAUUACCGGAUGGAUAUGCCCCUGGAAAUAAGCAACAACACUAUGCUUGUCGAAGACAUAUCUUUAUUCUCCCAGAUACCCAGCCUCCAGAUGCCCUUUUCUUGCGAGGAGUCAUCAAAAUUAUGUUUGCACGCAGCCCUCAACAUUGUCACAUUGCUCGACAAUCUUCCAUAUCCGAACCAUACCAGUGACGUUUUAACCAACACACAAUACGCCAGCGGGGGUUCUGGCGUUGAGCUCCCUCGAACCAUGCCCAGCGUGGUAUGCUGUGGAGUGCAGUCGAGCUAUACAAUGCUGAUGCUUAGUCUCAAAGCACGAGCCAUCCUGAACAGCACGGCGGACGAAGUUAAUCCUCUCGAUGGAAACUCUUUGUCCGACUUUCGGAAGGAGUUGUAUCACAACCUACGACUGAUAGUCAAGUGUCUAGGGAAUUAUUCCAUUGCGUUUGAAGCUAUACAGGGCAUAAGUGAUAAAUUAGGUCAGGCGAUAGAAAAGGAGUUCUUGGUGUAA